AUGCAGGCUGGAACAAUGUUAUUUUUGAAACUCUUCAUACCAAUCACCAUAUUCUAUCCUUCCAUAUAUUGUUCGAACUCUACUACUACACAAAUUUGUGUUGCUCGACAGGAAUUUCAAUGUAAAAUUGAUAGAUCGUGUAUUUCUAUGAAGAAAUGGCAAGAUGGUGUGGAUGAUUGCUAUGAUGGAAGUGAUGAAGUAUGUUUGCCAUGGCAAUUUGACUGUCAAUUCGGAUCACCGAGAUGCAUUUCGAAAAAUAAGUUGAACGACAGAAAGAUUGACUGUUAUUCGGGCUUCGAUGAGGGAUGUCCAGCUCAUUAUUUUGUUUGUCGGGAUAGGAGUGCGUGUAUCGAGCCGGCAAAAUAUCUUAAUGGUGUUGCUGAUUGUAUUGAUAAGUCUGAUGAACCAUGUGCUCAAAAUCAAUUCCAAUGCGCAGAUGGCACAAAAUGUAUCUCAAAAUCUCAAUUCCAAAAUGGUAAAGAGGAUUGUGACGAUGGUUCCGAUGAAGAAUGCACGACUUCACAAUUCGCUUGUCAGUGUGGAAGAGUGCGAUGUGUUGCCGAGAGUUUUAUAAUGGAUGGGAAUUGGGAUUGUGAAGAUGGAUCCGAUGAAUUCAUCAACAAAACUAUAGCGGCAAACUGCACCAGAAACAACAAAGUGAACAUUGCUACUAGCUAUUUGUCGCUGGGAAAGUUAAAAUUUUGUUCUGGAAAGAAUCCAUGUAAACCAGAAUUGGGGCAAGCUUGUGUGGUAAUCGGUGGUACUUGGCGCUGCGUUUGUAAACUUGGAACAUUCCGGCCCCUUGGAUCUGAAAAAUGUAUUCCUAUUGAGCUCCUAACAAGAUAUAGAAAUGCUCCGAGUAGUAAUUGCUCGAUAACCAUAGAAGAGCAAUUUGGAUUGUUGAAUGGAUUUCGAAAAAACGAUAUAUCGAAAACUCAACUAGAAAGAUGGAGCAAUAUUCGGAGAGCUCCGACUCGAACUCUAUCCGGCACUACUCCAGGAAACAGUGGAAGUGAUGGUUUUUUGGAAAGUGGAACCGAAAGAAUUCCAUUCAUGUUCCAAGAAGAAGAGAAAAACUAUGUCAGUGUGAUACCAGACGAAAUAAUAGACAGCUAUGGAACAAUCAUGACUCCACCAGAACUCAAAUUCAAUAGAGACGAUAUUCAGUGUGGAAACAAAACAUGUGGACUUCACGAACGGUGUCAGAGGAACAAAGAAGGAAAAUAUGAAUGUGAAUGUGCUGAGGGGUUUACAAUGUUCGGAGGAACAUGCCAGGAAUUGAUCGAUGAGUGCCGCCAAGCAAAACAUGACUGUCAUCCUGAAGCUCGAUGUGUUGAUGCUCUGAUUGGAUACGAAUGUUUGUGUAGAGAAGGAUUUUUGGAUACAUCUGUUGAACCAAAAACGAGACCUGGCAGGAAGUGCAGGAAAUUGGUAAACGAGUGUACAAAUGCUUCUCAAAACGACUGCCACCAGAAUGCAAGAUGUCUGGAUAAACCGAUUGGAUACACUUGCAGAUGCCAAGACGACUACGUGGAUGUUUCAUCUCAAGGCGCUCGAAAACCCGGAAGAAAUUGUACAAAGGCAAUAAAUGAAUGCGCACUGAAUUUGCAUAACUGUGACCCCCAUGCCAUUUGUCAAGAUCAACCAAUUGGGUAUUCAUGCAGAUGUCCUUUUGGAUUCAUAGAUGCAAGUACAACUGCUAUGGAGCCAGGAAGAAAAUGUGUCACAGCUGACGAAAGUAUCAACUCAACGAAAACUUCGCAAUGUUUCAAGAAUUCUUCGGGAGAUACAGUAUGCCAAUGUCUUCCCGGUUACACCAAUUUUGGAUCAAAAACUCAUUUGGACUGUCAGCCCGAGAAAAGAGCCAACCCAUGUCAGGACUACUCUCUUCAUGAUUGUGACCCAGUGGCCGAAUGCUUCUCCGAACAACCCGGUUACUUCCAAUGUCAGUGUCCGAAAGGAUUCACUGAUGCCUCAACUGACAAACGGUUUCCUGGACGAAAAUGUGUGAGAGCUGUGGACGAAUGUGCUCUUGGAAGACAUACUUGUGAUCCUCAUGCCGAUUGUAUUGAUACACAUCAAGGAUACACUUGCAAAUGCAGAAGCGGAUGGUCAGACACCUCUCUCGAUCCUCUCCGUAACCCAGGACGCAAUUGUAGAAAAGCCGACAUGUGUUCGAACAUCGACUGUGCCGCUGAAGCCGAAUGCCGUGAAACACCAAUUGGACCAAUGUGUCAAUGUGUAAGUGGAUACGUCGAUGUAUCCAGACAACACGGAAGACCAACUGGAAGAGUAUGUCGUGCCGUUGUGAAUGAAUGUGCUGAGGGACGACAUGAUUGCUCUUCUCAUGCCACGUGUAUUGAUACUGCCGAUGGAUUCACUUGCAGAUGCAAAGAUAGUUAUAGAGACGAAAGUGCAGAUACUGUAAAGCAUCCUGGAAAAGUUUGCGUCAGAACUGUGAUUCCGGAUCCACCAGAGUGUGAUGUUAGUGAUCCAAUGAGUUGUGAUCCUGGGAAAAGGGAAGUGUGCAUCUUCGUCGAAAACACCUACAAAUGUCGUUGCGCCAAUGGGUACUCUCGACUACCAGAUGGAAGAUGUGUUGUUAUAAAUGAAUGCGCAGAGCCAAGAUUGAAUUCGUGUGGAAAGAAUGCUGAAUGUAUUGAUCUUGCUGAGGGAUACACUUGUCAAUGCCGAAGUGGAUAUGCUGAUAUUUCACCAGCAUCUCAACCUGGAAGAAUUUGCAGAGCUCGAGUCAAUGAGUGCAGUAACAAAGAAAAAUACAACGUCGACUGCUCUGAAAAUGCCAUCUGCGUUGACACCGAGCAUAGUUACACUUGCCGUUGCCGUCCUGGAUUCGCUGAUGUCUCAGCUUCUUUCAACAAACUUCCCGGACGUCGUUGUAUCGAAGCCAUCAAUGAAUGCGCGUCUCCAUCUCUGAAUGAUUGUUCCAAGAACGCAUUCUGUGAAGAUGCAAAAGAAGGAUACAUCUGUUCUUGUCGUCCAGGAUACGUUGAUAACUCUCCAAAUGCUGCUCGUCAUCCGGGAAGAAUUUGUACAAAACCAGUUGAACAAAUCAAGACAGACUUGAAGGAUACUUCAUUUUCGACUGAUGACGGGUGUGAUCCAAAGCAUCCAAAGUGUGGAGCUAAUGAAGCUUGUAUCAGUCGUCACGGUCAACACACUUGCGAAUGCAUUGAGACUGCUUUCAGAUACACCGAUGGAAGUUGUAGAGUCUAUUCUGCCUGUUCGAAAAUCAAUUCAUGUGAUAAAAAUGCCAUUUGCUUGAACCGAUUUGAUUCUUACACUUGCCAAUGCCGUCCGGGAUUCAUUGAUUUGUCUGCGGAUCUUGCUAAUGCACCUGGAAGAAUCUGUAAAGAACUGAUCAAUGAAUGCGCGUCAUCCGAUAAUGAAUGUUCACCGUAUGCCAGAUGCAUUGAUGCCACUAAUGGAUACGCUUGUCAAUGCCUUGAUGGAUUCAUUGACGUCAGUAGCAGAUACAACAAACCACCUGGAAGACACUGUACCAAUUCAAAUAACGAAUGUUCGGAGAAAUCACUGAACACUUGUGAUGAGAACGCCGACUGCGUCGAUACUCCAGAUGGAUACACGUGUCAAUGUUACGGUGGAUUCGUUGAUGUCUCUUCAAAUGCUAAUCUGCCACCUGGACGUGUCUGCACAGUACAAACAACAUGUCCAAAACAGAAGACUGAUCUCGUUUUCUUGAUUGAUGGAUCUGGAUCCAUUGGAUCUUACGUAUUCAAAAACGAGGUACUCCGAUUUGUUCGCGAAUUUGUGGAGCUUUUUGAAAUUGGAAGAGGCAAGACUAGGGUUGGGUUAAUCCAGUACUCAGAUCAAAUUCGUCACGAAUUUGAUUUGGAUCAGUAUGGAGAUAGAAGUUCACUUCUAAAGGGCAUUUCUGAAACACAAUAUCUUACUGGGUUGACUAGAACUGGAGCUGCGAUUCAGCAUAUGGUUCAGGAAGGAUUCAGUGAGAGACGAGGGGCCAGACCGCAACAGAAUGAUAUUGCCAGAGUUGCUAUCAUUCUCACAGAUGGAAGAUCUCAGGAUAAUGUGACAGGACCAGCUGAUGCCGCCCGAAAACUCUCCAUCAAUACUUUCGCUAUCGGAGUCACUGAUCACGUCUUGGCUAGUGAACUUGAAUCGAUUGCUGGAUCUCCAAACCGCUGGUUCUACGUCGACAAGUUCAAAGAUUUGGAUACCAGACUUCGAUCUAUGAUCCAGAAGGCCGCUUGUCCAUCUCCAACCAAACAAGAAACUCCAAUUGAUGAUGUUUGUAAUCCAAGAACUCAAACUGGCUGUGAUAGAAGUCUGAAUGAGCAUUGUGCUGUUGAUGGUGGCCGUCCAAGAUGUGUGUGCCCAGAAGGAUUCACAAGACAUCCAUUGACACGUGUCUGUGGAGGAGAUCUAUGUAAUCCACAACUCAUCACUUCCUGUAUCUUCCCAGAAGAGUGCCAGAUCACUCCGUACAAGAACUUCAGAUGUGCUUGCCCAGAUGGAUACAACAGAGAUUACAGAAGCGGAUUCUGCGUAUCCGUGAAGGAGGUUCACAUCUCUCCACAGCACGAUGCCAACUGUCACAAUGGUGGACUCCGUUGCUCAGAAAACGAGAGAUGCACAAAUGAUGGAUCCGAUUGGUUCUGUGAAUGUCUUCCAGGAUUUGAGAGAAUUCGAAAUGGACAAUGUGCUUAUCCAGGAUCAUGUAAUCCAAACGAUCCAAUGUCCUGUGAUGUCAGAAAGAGACAACAGUGUCUUCCACAUGGAAAUAUCUACACUUGUCAAUGCGGAAGAAACGAGAGACGCCAUCCGAUUACUGAUAUUUGCUUGAAGAACGAAUGUUUGACUGGAGAACACGAUUGCGAUCGUUCGGCUAGAUGCAUUGACACUGAUGAGAGUUACAUCUGUGCUUGUCUAAAUGGAUUUAUCGAUCACUCUCCAAAUCCAGCUGAAAGACCUGGAAGAGUUUGCGUUGCUCUGCAAAAUGAAUGUCUCGAUGGAUCGAAUCGAUGCUCGCCGAAUGCUCUUUGCACUGAUACCGAGGAAGGAUAUGUGUGUAGAUGCAAGUCUGGAUUCGUCGACUACUCUCCAAAUCCACAAACGUUCCCUGGAAUGGUGUGUAAGGAGUUGGUCAAUGAGUGUGCUAAUCCACGGUUGAAUCAAUGUGAUCGUAACGCUCACUGUAUUGACACAAUCGAAGGAUAUUCGUGUAUCUGCAAACCAGGAUUCGUUGAUAUGGACGAAUUCGGAAAUCCAGGAAGAAGAUGUGAAAAGAUAAAAACCAAUGAUAAAUGCUCGGCAGGAAAGAACGAUUGUGAUCGAAACGCCAGAUGUAUUCAGGUCGGAGAUGACGAUUAUUCAUGUGCUUGCCCUCCAGGAUUCAAGGAUAAAUCUCCAUCCCCUUCAAGACUAGGAAGACUCUGUAUUCCUGUUAUUCCGGAAUGUGAUAAUCCAACUUUGAAUGAUUGUGACUCUCCGGAUCGUGCUAUCUGUACUGACACAGAUGACGGUUACAUGUGCAGAUGUCGUCAAGGAUUUUUGGAUAUCUCACCAAGUAUUUUAGUCAAACCGGGAAGACUCUGCAAGCCACUUCAAAAUGAGUGUGCUCUUGGAGCGGAUGAUUGUGCUCGGGAUGGCGGAAUCUGCGAAGAUACUCCAGAUUCUUUCACUUGCCGUUGUGCCAUGAACUACUUGGAUGUGUCAUUUGAUCGUGUGACUCGACCAGGAAGAAAAUGCAAGAGAUUGAUAAAUGAAUGUCAAACAGGGCAGAAUGAUUGUUCUGAAGAGGCUACUUGCACUGAUACAGAAGACAGCUACAUCUGUGCUUGUCCUCAGUCUCACAUCGAUUUGUCUCCAGAUACAAUCAACCGACCAGGAAGACGAUGUUUGUUGAGAAUCAAUGAGUGCACGUCCAACCGUCAUGAUUGUUCUCCGAAUGCCGACUGCAUUGACACUCCAGAAUCCUACAAGUGCAGAUGUCGUGACGACUUUGUCGAUGAGUCUCCAGAUACCUCUCGUCGUCCAGGAAGAAUCUGUCGACCAGCUCUUCUUGAUGAAUGUCGUGCUCAGAAGCAUGAUUGCCACGUCAACGCAAUCUGCCAAGAUCUUCCCCAAGGAUACACGUGUCAAUGCUCUCAAGACUUCCUUGACGUCUCUCCACAUCGAUCAACUCAUCCUGGAAGACUUUGUCAACCUCGUCCAACACCUCCGCCACCAGAAUGUCGUCUCGAUGGACCAAACCAAUGUAAGGUUCAUUUGAAUGAAGUGUGCAGAAUAAUUGGAGGAGAGCCAAAAUGUUCUUGUCCUGUCAAUUAUCAAAGAGACUCUUCUGGUUCGUGUUCUGUGAUCAACGAAUGCUUGUUCGCUCAGUUAAACGAUUGUCACACCGCUGCGGAUUGUAUUGAUCAAGUUCAAGGUUACAUAUGUCAAUGUAAGAACGGAUUCAAAGACAUCGGAGAUCGUAAACGACCGGGUAGAAUGUGCAAACCAAUGGUUAAUGAAUGUCAGUAUCCACAUCUGAACGACUGUCAUCAACAUGCUUCAUGCAUUGAUUUGGAUGAAGGAUACGAGUGCAAGUGUAAUCAAGGAUUCAUGGAUCAUUCUCAUGGUAGACCUGGAAGAAUCUGCAAACAGCUCAUCAACGAAUGCUCGAGACCAUCUCUCAACUCGUGUGAUAGAAAUGCCAGAUGUAUUGAUAAGGAAGAAGGAUAUGAUUGUGAAUGUAGAGAUGGAUUCAUCGAUGUCUCUCCAUCUCCAACUCUCAAAGGAAGAGCUUGCCGAGAACUUGUCAAUGAGUGUGCCAAUCCACGUCUCAACGAUUGUGAUAAGAAUGCCAGAUGUAAGGAUAUUAUGGAUUCAUAUGAAUGCGACUGCCCUGUCAACUCCAAAGACAUUUCCCCAAGUCCAUCGUUCCCAGGAAGAGUAUGCCUUAUGUUCAUCAAUGAAUGCGAAACGGGAGUUCACGACUGUGAUCCAUCUGCUACUUGCCGUGACAAUGAGCAAUCAUUCACUUGCGAAUGCCCCAACGGAUUCGUCGAUCGUUCACCAAACAAGCUUGCCCGCCCAGGAAGAGUUUGUGUCAAACUGGUGGAUGAAUGUCGUGAAGGACGUCAUACCUGCAGUAACCAUGCCGAUUGCCGUGAUCUUGAAGAAGGAUACACUUGUGAAUGCCGUGAUGGAUACGUGGAUCGGUCUCCAAAUCUUGCCAGCCAACCAGGACGUGUCUGUUCUGCACCAGAAGUCUGCCCACCAGAUCAUGAUUGCUCAUCGGCUGCUGUUUGUGAACCACUUGGAGGAAUGAAAUAUCAGUGCGUCUGUAUUCAAGGAUACGUUGAUCAGUCUCCAGGCAGCCAGAAGGGAAGGGUUUGUGUUAGAAAUAACGCUUGUCACGAUCCUCGUCUCAACACAUGCUCUCGAAACGCAAUUUGCUAUGAUGAGCCAAGAGGAUAUCGUUGUGAAUGCAAACGUGGGUUCAUAGAUCGAUCACCAGAUUCUUCUCAACGUGGAAGAGUUUGUGAACCACCACCCCCUCCAUCUCCACCACCACGUCAUCCAUGUCAAGACCCAGAAAGAAACGACUGUCAUCCAGCUGGAACAUGCCGUGAUACUGGCGCUCAAAGCUACACUUGUGAAUGUCUUGCUGGAUAUGCUGAUCGUUCUCCAAGCCCACUCGCCAAACCAGGAAGACUCUGUGUUCUCACCGAGCCGAUUUGUUUGGAUCCAGAGCAGAAUGAUUGUCAUGCUGCUGCUAUUUGUAGUGAAGUAAAUGAUCCAGAGAAAUACACUUGUAAAUGUAGAGAUGGAUACACUGAUGAGUCACCUGAUCCACUUCGUCGUCCUGGAAGAAUCUGCAAGGGAAUGGUCAAUGAAUGUCUUGAUAGAUCAUUGAAUGAUUGCCACUCUUUGGCUGUCUGCAAAGAUUUGCCAAAUGGAUACACUUGUCAAUGUCCGAUCAAUGCCAAAGAUCAGUCUCCAGAUCCAAGAAAACCAGGAAGAAUCUGUUCGUUGUCAGUCAACGAAUGCGCCAACCCAUCCUUGAACAGCUGCUCUGCCUUUGCUGAUUGUAUUGAUCAGGAGAAUGGAUACAAAUGCAGAUGUCGUCACGGAUAUCAUGAUGACGAUCCAUCUCAUCCAGGACACAGAUGCUCAUUUAUGAUCAACGAAUGCGAUUCUUCAAAUUUGAAUGACUGUGACAGAAAUGCGAACUGCAUCGAUACUGCUGGAGGAUACGAGUGCACCUGCAAAGCUCCAUAUCGUGACGAAGGACCGCCACAAUCACCAGGAAGGAUCUGUCGCCUCAAUGAAUGCCUUGAUAGCAAUAGAAACACUUGUGAUAGAAACGCUGAUUGCCGUGACCUGGACUAUGGGUACACCUGUACUUGCAGACACGGAUUCUACGACCAGUCGCCAAAUCCUCAAGAACCAGGACGUAUCUGUAUCGAAUUCCAACAAGAAGAACACAUCGAACGAGUCAAGGUGACCACAGUUCAAUCUGAACCAAGAAGAGAGUUCCCAUGCGGAAGAGAUGAUUGUAUCAAGGCAAGAGGAGAAGUUUGCAUCAGUGGAGAAUAUUGUGGAUGUAAACCAGGAGAGGGGAGAUCUGCAAGCACUGGAAAGUGUCAACCAGUUCAAGAGAAUCCAUUCGAAUUGAGAGUUGUCACCAGGGAUCAGAGACCAUUGAUGUAUUCAACAGAAUUCGGAUCACAAAAGAGUCCAGCUUAUGUGGAAAUUGUGGAACUUUUCGAGAAGAAUAUGGCAAGAACAUUCGGAGGAACAUCUCUCGCACCACGAUAUGUGAACACCAAAGUUGAUUACAUCACUCAUCCAAAGACUAAGAACAGCUCCUGGGAUCAAGGAUUGCUGUUCAAGUAUGAAGUACAAACCACCAAGUCUCAGAAUCAACCAAUCGAUGAAUGUGAGUUGUGGAAACAGAUGCAAGCCUCGUUGGACAGAACAAAUGGUGCCAUUGGAGGAGGAUCACUUCGUGUUGCUUCUGACACUGACCUUUUGAAUCCAUGCAAACAGCAAGAGGAAUGGGGUAACUGUGGAGGAAUGAGCUGCAGAGAACAUCUGAAAGAAAUUUGUAUUGCUGGUCACAUUUGUGGAUGUCCGAAUGGAAUGAAGCGAAGAGAUGCGAACUCGGAAUGUCGCGUCGUUGAGAGCUGGAAUGUUCCGCUUUGGGUUGUUCGUGACAAGGAGAAGCCAAUUGUGUUCAGUGAAUCGUUCGACAAUCCACAAACGCCUGUCUACAAGGACUAUUCAAAGAGACUUGAGAAAGGAAUCGAAGGAUGUUAUCCACAUACUGAACUCAGGAAUGCAUUUGUUACUGCUGAAGUUAACGAUAUUGUUAACCCAGUUCUUCUGAAUGCAUCCUACGAUACUGGACUGAUGUUCAACACCACUGUCCACUUCCGGAAAGGAAUGGUUCAUGUUCCAUCUGAUGCUUACUACCAACUUGUCAAAUACAUCACCAAAGAGAACAACAACGAAGUGGGAGAUUCUGAACUGUAUCUCAAUCCAACACAGCCAAAUCCAUUCAAUCCAUGCUUCAAGAAUGAUUGUGAUCCACAUGGAAAGUGUAUUGAAACAUCAAAAUACACCUAUAAAUGUGAAUGUGGAGUUGGAUACAGAGACAUCAAUCCACAGACGCCUGGAAAGAAGUGUCUUCCUGUUCAUGGAUUCAACGAAUGUGAGAGGAAAGAAGACAACGAAUGCAGUGAGAAUGCUAGAUGUAUUGAUCUGGAACAUCUCUACAAAUGUGAAUGUCUUCCUUCGUACUAUGAUAAUUCACCAGUCGGAUCUGUUCCUGGAUCCCUUUGUGUCCUGGAUUACUGUAGUGAUGUUAACUUCUGUCCCACCAACACCACCUGCAAGAAUAUGGAACAACAAGCUGAAUGCAAGUGUGAUCCUGGAUUCAUGGAUAUUCGAAAAUCAGAGAAACGGACUGCUCUGAUGCUUGGAGAUGACACUUUGUGUAUGCAUGUCAGAGAUGUCGAUGAGUGUGCUCUUGGAUUGAAUAACUGUUCUGGAGUUGCUCAUUGUAUCGAUAAGGCUGUCGGGUACACUUGCAAGUGUCCAGAAGGAUACAUCGAUGGAAAUCCAGACGAGCCAGGAAGAGUUUGUGGAGCUCUCCUCUGUGAUUUAUGCAAUGCUCAUGGAGAUUGUGUUCACAAUACAGCCACAAACAACAUCACUUGUGUCUGUACUGAUGGAUGGACUGGACCACAAUGCCAAGUUGCUCCAUCAAAUGCUUCAUUGGUCCUCCUCAUUCUUCUCGCUCUUCUUUUCUUGCUCCUCACUCUUUGCUGUCUAUUAUACUUCUGUACUAAGUGUCACUGUUUCAAGGGAAGACCAUUCGCUGGUGCCGGAGCAAACGGAUUCGGAUACAGAAGAGGAGGUGCUUGGCCAUGGUCGACACUCGAAGGAUCAUCGUCGUCGGAAUCAGGUGCUAUGAGUGCUGCUGGAAAUGAAUAUUAUCCAGAUAUGAUGGGAAUUCCAAGAGCAAAACUGAAGUCAGGUGGAAUGAUGGCAUCUGGAGCUGCUAACGAGUCAAGAAGUAUGGAAGUGGCCCGUCUUGAUCAGUAUUUGGAUGAGAACGCAGUCAGAAUUCCACGUGCUCAUCUUGUGGAUGGACAUGGAGAACACUCGUUUGACAGUAUGUCAGAAGCAUCUUCUGAAUACACAAUCAAGGAAGAGAUCGAGAGAAAGGUGAUAACUGAUGUGACGACCAAGGAAAUCAAGACAACAACCACUACUGAUGAGCAAGGAAAUACAACUGUGACGACUACAGAAGCAGUGCAUCCAAGAGACACUACAGUAAUCCAUGGAGGUGGUUAUAUGCAAAACGAAUCAAGCAGCUCUUCAUUCUCUGGUGGUGAGAGAAUCUAUCAAUCUCAAUCGUCUCAACAGCAACAACAGCAGCAAAGUAUGGCUCAGAGCAUGGCUCAAAGAGCAACAUCUGCCGGAUAUUCGAGUUCUGGAAUGGAAAGUUCAGCUCAUAACAGUGGAUAUAGCAUCAGAAACACUGGAGAAAGAGAACGCGGAGACAGUGUCGAAGAGUUCUCAAUCGGAAGAGCCCGUGGAAUGACAGCUGCACGCGGAUACGAACAUACAAGUUCUGAGAAUCGAGAAGUCGAAGAAUAUUGCUCAGAAGAAGAAGACGUCGAGCAUUCGGUUGGAGAUAGACGAACCAUCGUCAACAAGAGUCACAGCUUUGAACCAUUUGUUAAUGGAGAAUCGGAGAGAUAUAAAACCGAGGUGGUCACCAGCCAAACCUCAACUUCAGUAACCAAGAAAUAG